AUGGUUCAACUUCCAUGGGGCAAACCUCUGGAAUUUCCUGUGCGUUAUGAAAAUGAGGGCAAACUCAAAAUUGUCGCCGGCCCAAUUCUUCGGUAUUGGGGUAUGGAUGGCACGGAUUGGAGAGGCUCCGCCAUGUACGUGACUGCCGAUGAAGGCAGCAACUACGAUGACUUUCCGGUGUUUAAAGUUCAGGAACUCGAAGCCCAGCUUGAAAAGAUCUAUACUGCGUUCAAUCACACGUUUUGGCGAUUCAGGUUCACGGUUGAAAUGGCUGAAACACAGACCCGCUGCACGUAUCAGCUGGGCGCAGAGCACCCGCCUUUCGACUUUUAUGUGCCAGGAAAAGACCAGGAUAUGAACAUCAUGUUUUAUUCUUGUAACGGGUUUUCUUUGAGUACCCAGACGCAGUAUUUCAAGGCCUCAAUGUGGGACGAUGUCAUGGACAAACACAAGGCACGCCCGUUUCAUGUGAUGCUGGGUGGAGGAGAUCAGCUCUAUUGUGAUAAUAUCAACAUUGCCCUGCCAGUGUUUACGGAAUGGCGUAAACAUAAUAUCUCCAAAGGUGGAUUCCAUUACAAGCUCUCCCAGGAUGACCGCGAUAGUCUGGAUGCGUUCUUUUUCUGUGUUUACAUUCAGUGGUACGGGAUGGGGUACUGGAAAGGCACUGUGGCCAAAACCAAUCAGCCCACUUGGCCUACGGCGCUGGCGACACUUCCGUCGAUCAACAUUUAUGAUGACCACGACAUCAUUGAUGGCUAUGGUUCUUACCGAGACGGAACUAUGCGGACACCCAUUUUCGAGUCAUUGGGUGAAAGCGCUCACCGAUAUUACAUGCUAUUCCAGCUGGGUGUUGGGCCGACCGGAGACUCAGCUACCACUGAUCCCUCCUUCAUUACCAUCAACAAAAAUGGGCCUUACAUCCACUAUCCCGCCAAGUCCAUCUAUGCUCGACUGGGCAAACAGAUCGGGUUUCUCGGUCUCGACUGUCGCACUGAGCGGACAAAGCAUCAGAUCUGUUACCCCCAGACUUAUACUGCGGUCUUUAAUCGGCUGGAAGCGGAGUUCACUGCCAAUCCCGAGAUUAAGCACUUGCUGGUGAUGCUGGGCGUCCCAAUUGCGUAUCCCCGCAUGGUCUGGGCUGAGAUGCUAAUGGAGUCGUGCUUUAUUGAACCCGUCAAGUUCCUCGCCAGGCAUGGUGUAAUUUUAAAAGGGUUUGUGAAUCAUUACGAUGGUGAAGUUGAGCUUCUUGACGACUUGAAUGAUCAUUGGUGUGCACGACACCACAAGCAGGAACGUAAUGAGUUCAUUGCGAGACUACAGAGGUUUGCACAAAAAACUAGCACUCGGGUCACGAUUCUGGCUGGCGAUGUUCACCUAGCUGGAGUGGGACGGUUUAGAACUUACCGUAAAGACGGGGGAGCCGUGGCUCCAGAUACUGACCACCGAUUGAUGAUCUGUCCCGUUUCGAGCGCCAUCACCAAUACCCCACCGCCAGAUCUCCUUGCUGAUUUCAUGAACAAGCGUAACAAGCUUCAUUAUCUAGGCAAGCAGACCGUCGAGGAUAUGGUGCACAUGUUCUCUGUGGACACAAAGUCCCAGCCUCGCAACAACAACACUUUGCUGCCCAGGCGUAACUACUUGGUGAUCAACUCGAUCACUAACGGCGACGGAACUGAAGAGGUCCCUGGUCCUGAGUUCAGUGAAUUGCGCAAAGAGCAGUUCGCGUAUCCCUCGGAGACCGGUGGUCUGAAACUUACGUUCCAGGUCGAAGAAGACCAAUCAACUACUGAUCACAAUACUGUUGCUUAUUCUAUGAACGUACCUCCUCUCCACCGUCCCGGAACAGAAAAAGUCGCUAAUGCACCUGAGGAGGCUAUGUAG